GAAGGCAAUCGUUACUAUACGUACGGAAGGAGUGAGUGACUAUCACACACACACGCGCGCGCGCGUACUCACACACCGCCACGAUGAAGCAUUACAUCUACAAGUCGAUCAUGGCCGUCUCCAUUGAUGAGAUGAAUAAUGCCGAUGACGUCAUUCUGGGCCACAGAAAGAAGACGGUAGCCCUGGCAUCCGGGAUCUACUCGCUGGUUGUGACCAUCUUCGUGGUGUCGUUCUUCACAUGGAGAUUAACGGUAGAAGAUAAAGAUGUACUAGGAGUCAUUUAUUACGCGAUAGAGGCCGCUGAAAUCGCCAUCGUCGGCAUCAACACCUUCCUGGCCAUCUUCACGAUCUGCAUGAUCUCCGGCAUCCUGCGGGAUUAUCCGGGCUGGAUGGUGACAUGGAUCAUAACUAGCAUCUCGUUAAUGGCGCUGGAGACGGUGGCGAUGGUAUACCUCAUCGUUCUGCGCAAUCACGUGACGAAGGGCUUCGAUCGUCUAGGGAAGUUCGAACUCGGGUUUCAUAUCGUCAAGAUGUUACUGAACAUUGCGGCGAUCUUCGGCGUCGUGGUCUAUUAUAAGGAUAUACGAAGCUGUUCUCACUGCGAAGAGCUGCGAGAACGCAUGCUGUGAUGCCCGGCCAUCAAAAAGACAAACGAAGAAAAGAUCACACGAAAACGAAGAAAAGAACUAUCAUCACAUUUCAUUCUUACGUUGACCAACCAGUCUCGCGCUGGGAUGAUAGUGCACGUAAACCGGUGUAAAAUGUUAACUGCACCUUUCGUUGUAAGUUAAACACAUGUAGUUACCGAAUUGUUUCGUAGGCCUUCUCAUCUUUGAUAACCAUUGAAUUAAAGGCAUACGCAAGCCUUCUCAUGGACUAUGUAUGGCGAUGUCACGGCAGGCAGAUAUAGGCAGCGUGAAGGUUCGUGUGGCUACCUAAACCUAUAUUUGAUUGCUUAAUUGUGGCGUUUUCCAUUACGUUCUGCAAAGACGAGUCAUUCCGGUGAACCGUUCUACUGUUACGGAUAAAAUGGUAAUCGUAAUGGUAAAACUAACCAUCGCCAGUCCGACGAAGAUAUUUAACCGGGUGACAGAUUUUCUAUGAUAUUUAUUGUGUGUAAUAUAAAUAUCACACACAUAUAUAUAUAUAUAAAUAUAUAUGAAAGUAUCAUCUAUACGUGUGACCGCUUUUCGGAGUUCAAUAAUUAUUUUACUGGAGUGGUUAGAGUGCCGUAAUUUGUUGACAUAGGUAACGACUUUCCAGACGGACAGAGAACGUAACAACCGCUGCCGGUACGCCUUUCUUUGAUAUAGACCGUGUAAAUAGACGAUUUGAAUGACUCGCACCUAAAUUAAAUCUAAACGUGAAUUUGUA